AAUUCUAAUAGUCCACUUCAUGACGAAUUAGUGGUGCUUGAGUCAAGGCAAGAGCCUUAUUUCUGUAACACCCCGUCAGUGCAUCAUUCCGGCACGACUCGUGCUUGCUAGUGAAUAUUUAAUAAUGAUUUCCUAAAUAACCCAAAAUGUCAACAGACAUUAUUGAGGGAAGAAAGACGCACUAGACAAUACUCAGUGUUAAGUCACCAUCACAUGCUGUGAAGCACACUUUUUUCUAAUUCAAUGCGCACUGUUAUUCCACUUCUUCAUAUUCCACAUAGCCUUUCUUCAUAACAGUCAUUCACAACUGGCUGGGGAACUCGAAGACACGCUAUUUCGGCGCUCACUCUUGAUGACCCACUCGAGCUGCUCACGACUCUCCGUCACGGGCUCGCUAUAGAUGCCAAAUAUAGGGGACUUCUGCGUUUCUUAAGGAGAUUGGAUUUCGCAAUGUAAAUAGAGAAAAGGGGCGACUUGGCUAAUGUCAGAGAGGGACGCGUGUAUGUGAGACUUAUCAUGGCUCCCAUUCAAGAAUCGGUGAAUGUCUUGUUCGCCGGUUUUGUUUUUCUGCUCUCAGCGAAAGCGGCAUUUGGCGCCGAGAACAUCGAAUACCAGAACGCUGUCACGUGCGAGGGAAACAACUUGAGCCUGCGAUGCGUGAAUGCGUCCUAUGGCAUCGUGAUACACAGAGCGACAUACGGCCGCACGAAGCAAGGCAAGGUGGUGUGUAAUUACCAAGGGAGUGAAGGUGACUAUCAGUAUUUCUGCGGCGAGAAUGACGUCACACGGAGUCUAAAUUACGUGUGCGGAAAGAACAAGAAGAAAUGCGAGGCAAGGGUGGGCAAAACUCUCUUCGGGUCACCAUGUGGCCCGGGAAUCACGAAAGCCUAUCUUACGGUCAUAUACUCCUGUGUGAAAAGAAAAAGAAAAAAACGCCCAAAAACCACAAUCAGACCGGAAGACUCAACUCCAUCCACACAAGCUACGCUAAGCACACUAAGAACUUUAACCACCUCAAAUGGUUCAUCUGUAAAUAACACAUUCAAUAACGCUUCCCAUGUGGGUGGCACGUCCGGUAAAAGUGGACACACUACGCAUGCGUCAACAGUACCUACGUCACAAGCUAUCCCGGAUGAUAAUGUGGUGUUGGGGCAAAGGGGGCGUGGCAAGAGUGACGUCUUUCUGUCAAUCAUUAUGUGGUUCAUUUUCGUGAAAGAUAACUUCACGGCCUUCAUGAAGGUGUUCAUGAUAAGCAUGGCGACUGCGACCGGGAUCUUCACAUUAUUAUUCGCUAUCUUCAGCGUUCGCUCUUACCUGCGAGCUCGGCGAAAAGAAACCGAAGUCAAACUGAAUGGAGGCCCCUUGCACAUCACACACACUGAUACUGUAAACACUAUACGGGAAUGCAGCAAAGACAUGUCUGAUUCGGACAGAAACUCCUUUCCGCCCCCGCCACCUGCAUUGGCACCUUUACCAGAUGACGUCAUAUAUCCCAGUCCUACCUCGACUAUCUCUUGCUCCAGGCCCCCUCCGCCACCCAAGCGCGGGUAUUCAACAGACGAUAUGGGGAGAAUGGGGCUAGACACGCCCAAGUAUAAACAUGCUCCUCUACAAAGGUCGAUAAGCUUACGGACGAAGGAGAACUACGCAAAGGAGCUCAGAUUUGAAAAGUUGCCUGAUAUCGAUGGCUAUAGAGAUAUCCAAGCGGUUAUAAUACAGCGAAAUAACGGCUCGACAAUGUACAUGAACCCUAUGUACGAGAAUGGUGUGCUCGUUAGGGAAGCAAAGAUGUGACGUCACAUGCAUAGACUACCAAUAUGCCAAGGGCCUUCUGGGAUAUCCUCGUCUGUAUAAUUGAUGACCGCGUGAUCUUCACUCUCUUUGAGAUAAAGGGUCAAUGGGAAUAUCUAAUGGGCUCGUCCCCGGUGUAAGAACCUGUGAUUUGCGUCGCAAAGUCUGUUUUUGUUUGAUAGAACGAAUUAUGAUGAAAACAGAGCUGAAUACAAAGGUGUAAUCUGGGAAUGGCUCUUACACCGGGGUAAAGCCGUCUAUUGCGAAGUCGCCGACAUGUUGUUGAGUAGAAAUGGCUUCCCCGACCAUUAAAUGAAUCGACAUCACGUUGCUAUGAUUUCUUGUACUGGUUAAUCAAGUUUAUUACACGCUGUGCCGAUGUCAUGUCGGCUUUCGACGCUAAUGUAAAUGGCCUCUUGAUUAAACCAAAGCCACGUUGGCAGUUCUUUUUGUCGAUCAAAAAGGUUACCAUGGUUACUGUAAUUGUGGCUAUUGGGGCACAUUGCCAUCGUUGAUUAUUUUAUUAUUCUUGUCAAUCAAAAAGGUAACUAUGGUUACUGUCACUUGUAGCUUGUCAAUCGAAAACAAACUAUAGUUACUGCUUAUCGCUAUAAGAGAACACAAAGUUGCCGUUCUUUUUAUUUUGUUAUGUUACUGUAUUUAUUUUGUUUUUCACGAUAACAAAAAACCGCAUACACAGAGAGGGGAUAUAAGAAGCAACAUGAAUAGGUCACGGGCGAUUUGAUUUAUUAUUUCAUUGAUUUUUUUAUAUUACACAAAUAGAGUGAUGCCAUAAGGGUUGCAAAAAAAUUACUAGAGCUUCACCCCUUAGUAGGGUAGUGUGAAAAAAAUGUUCCGGGGUGCCUUAAAAGUGCCGUAAAAGUGUAACGCUUAUUUGAGAAUAUUACUCGAAUGUAUAACGUGUGUAUAUAGUGUGUAUAACAGGAAUCAUCUCAUAAGAAAAAAAAUAUAAAAGAAAUCUGUCAUCCGCCAUUUUUUCAUCCUAGUAAAAUACCAAGUGUGAGAUAGCGUCCAUUUCCUUCGGCUGAUUUAGAGGGAACUAUUGUGAUCGAUUGAAUUUGCUUAAAAUGGAAUAUAAACCUUUGUUUUUAGAUCGUUGUUUCGAGAUUUCUUUACAUGAUUUAUCUUUCAAUAUGGAAUACAAAAGAUGUGGCAGACAAGGGAACAUAAGCAAAGCCAUGUGCUAAACUGUUAUAUAAGGGAUGAUAUCUUCCCACCUCCUAUGGUUGGCGAAAAACUUUAAAACAACUGUUAAUAUUGUACAGAGUGUCGAUUAUACGUAGCAUUGCUGGUGAGGAGGAUCAUCUGCAAUUUCGAAAAACAAAAUACAUAAAAAUACGUCGAGAAUUA